UAUGUUAACUACUGGAUAAAAAUGAAUGAUGAUGAAGUAUUAAUUUGGACUCAUGAUACGCCUCUAUCGAAGUAUUUGAAAGAUUUUGCUAUGUAUUAUAUAUCUGUUCCAAACAAUAUGAAAUUUACUUGCCAAAUAGAAGAUAUUAAUAAUGAAAUAUUUGAAAAAAAAGUAAAAUUAUAUAAAAUGUACGAUUAUUAUACGAGUUUAGUCUAUUCAAUCACAACCGACCCCAGUGUAUGUGUUUAUGUGGAAAAAAUAAUUAAACUAUAUGAUGAACUCUUAAGUACCAUUGAAAACAAUCAAGAUGAUUCUCUUCGUGUUAAAUUAAAUAAUUUUAGGUGUCUUCUUGAUAAUAGUAAAUUUUCAUCCAAUAAUAAAUGCGGAAAGAAAUUUUCAGAUUUAAAUGAACAUUAUAGAUCGAUAAAUUAUCAACAAGAUUGCAAUACACUAAAACAAUCAAGACAAGUGGAUGAUCAAUUCAUCCUUCAAAAAGAAAAUAUUGUUAACACUUUACCUGCUUACAAUACUAGUAAAAAAGUUAUAAUAAUAACAGUACUCGUUAUUAUAGCUAUAGUAGCAACAUUUUUAUAUCUCUA